AGAGAGAGGUAAUACAACUAGUUUUAAUUUAUUUUGUUUAGAACCCAAGUUGGAAAUAUCCAAACAAUAAACAAUGUCCAUCCAAUCAUCUUCUCUUGGUGUGCACAAAAACAAAUCCCCCACCCGCCACCCCCCCCUCAACCUCCAUCAUCAUAUGUACCACCAAACACCGUGCUCAUUCGUCCUCUCUCUCUCUCUCUCUCUGAAUUUAGUUGGAAUUGUGGUGGUGUCGGCUGUAAUAUAUUUUGAGAAUUAAGUUGCGAGAAGCACGUAAUAUUAUUGUCCGGCUGAAGAUGGGCAGAAAGUGCUCACAUUGUGGAAACAUAGGCCACAACUCUAGGACCUGCGCAAAUUUCAGAGGCACUACUAGUAGUACUAGUUUUGUUGGAUUUAGGCUCUUCGGCGUCCAACUUCAUCGUGAUCAUCAUCAUCAUAUCAUGAUGUCUUCAUCCAACAUGAACAAUAAUUCUGCUAAUCAUCAUGUUUCCAUGUCCAUGAAGAAAAGUUUCAGCAUGGAGUGCUUGCCGACGACGACGUCGUCAGCCUCUUCAUCUUCCCCAUCUAAUUCUUCAUUGUCUCCUUCAAGACUUUCCAUGGAUGAAAAUAUUUGCGCAUCAGAUAAAGCUUCCAUCGGCUAUCUCUCUGACAGUCUCAUAUGCCAAGCCCAAGAAAGGAAAAAGGGAGUUCCAUGGACGGAAGAGGAGCACCGGACGUUCCUAAUCGGACUCGAGAAGUUAGGAAAGGGUGACUGGAGAGGCAUCUCUAGGAAUUAUGUGACCACAAGAACCCCAACCCAAGUUGCGAGUCAUGCUCAGAAGUAUUUUCUCAGGCAAGCAAGCCUGACCAAAAAGAAGCGACGUUCUAGCCUCUUUGAUAUGUUUGGAAGCAGCAACAAUAUAAAUAUGGAAACUGAUGAUCCAAUUCCUACUCAAUGUGAAAAUAUUAUUUGUAAUAACAUGGCCAUUGAUUCCAGCACAGUGCCUCUGCUUGAACAUAGCAUUGCAGCGAAAAAUCUAAACUUAGAUCACAGUCAAAAACCUCAAAGACGUAGUACUACUACUCAGCAGCGGCCGGUUUGGAUUUACGGGUUGAUCGAUUUCCAGAUGAAACCGAAUUCAUCUUCGAGUAAAGCGUCAGUAGUACCGGAUCUUGAGCUCACGCUUGCUGCACCAACUAGUCCUAAUCUAGAACAAAAAAAUAAAUCAUCCCCAACCCCAGCAGGUCCCCUCCUUAAUCUUGGAGCAAUUAGUGUCACAUAAAAAAAGAGAUGGACUGGGCUACAAUAUUUACAGAAAUGAACGUGACUUUGACGUUAACCCUGGCAGCUGAAGAAGGAUCCGAAGGAACAAUAUAUAUUAUUCAUGGCUACUUUUACUUGAUUUAUAAUUAGUAUGUAUUGAUUAUUAAUUAACGUUAUUUUCUUUAAUUCCUUUUUUUUCCUUUCUCUUGAUGAAUAAAACGAGGAUGUAUCGAUGCAUGACAAUAUAUUAUAAAAGCAUUUUAUUUC